GGUUCAUUUUCAGCUGUCAGACCGCCGCUGAAGUUCGCUGUUCGACUUGCUAUGCCUGCUACAGAGAGAUAAAGAGAAAGAGAAACGGACAUUUAACUCUCGGGGACAGCGCUGCAACUUGCGUAGCUUAACGACCGUUGCAUACCAGAGAGAAUUAAAAAUGUUUUCUUUGUCAAUGACUGUCCAGCCGCAGGUGACCGUACCUCUCAGCCACCUCAUCAAUGUCCUGCACUCUAUGAAGAGCUCAGUGGGAACCAGCAGCAGCAGUGCCACCUGUAAAUCAAGAAAACACAAGGAGCAUGACUCACACUCAGAACAGCACUGCACAGAGCCGCUGUUGAGCCUGCGUGAGCUCGGCUUAUCAGAUCUGGGAGCACAGCAGCUGGAUGAGCUGGUGAACAGUGUGCUACCACGCCUGAGUCCACAGGAGGCACCACUUCCACUGGGUGGACAGACGGCCUGGAGGACCUCACAUAUUUCUACACACUCCUUUUACUACAAUAAGCAUGGCUUCUCUUCUGGUGCAAUGCCCAUGUCUUAUUCCAGGCAGCACCCUUCACCUCUUCAGUCUGUCUGCACUGAACUACAACAUUGGCCAGUGUGGGUCCCGAGCAGAGGCUUUAAAACUUUAAAGAGCAAAACCAGACGAGUGCAGUCAGCCUUCGACCGACCCCAGGAGACCGAAGGAUUCACACCAUCUUUUAUGAAGGGUUUCCUGACACGUGACAAGGGAAUUGAAGUUGAAAGUCUAGACAGCCUGGUUAAGAACAAGAACGUACCUGAUGGACAGCAGGAUUCUUUCAAGAGGGGCUUCGCUGAGGGUUUCCUGAAAGCCCAGGCCUUGACACAACGCACACAAGACUCUCUCAGGAGGACUCGUUUAAUCCUGCUAGUGCUGCUCCUUGUUGGACUCUAUGGCAUCUCCAAGACCCCCUUCAUAUCGGUGCGGUUCCGGACCACAUCAGGCCUGGACUCUGCUGUGGACCCUGUCCAGAUGAAAAACGUGACAUUCGAACAUGUCAAAGGGGUAGAAGAAGCCAAGAACGAGCUGCAGGAAGUGGUGGAGUUCCUGAAAAACCCAAAGAAGUUCACAGUCUUGGGAGGAAAGCUGCCAAAAGGUGUUCUACUGGUUGGCCCUCCAGGGACUGGAAAGACUCUCCUGGCCAGAGCGGUGGCAGGAGAGGCAGACGUGCCGUUCUACUACGCCUCUGGGUCUGAAUUUGACGAGAUGUUUGUGGGAGUGGGAGCCAGCCGCAUCAGGAACCUUUUCAGGGAGGCUAAAGCUAAUGCUCCCUGUGUGAUCUUCAUUGAUGAACUGGACAGCGUGGGUGGGAAAAGGAUUGAGUCCCCCAUGCACCCUUACUCCAGACAGACUAUCAACCAGCUGCUUGCUGAGAUGGAUGGGUUUAAACCAAAUGAAGGCGUGAUCAUCAUCGGAGCAACCAACUUCCCAGAGGCUUUGGAUAAUGCCCUGAUCCGCCCUGGACGCUUCGACAUGCAGGUUACUGUCCCCAAACCAGAUGUGAAAGGACGCACAGAGAUCCUCAACUGGUAUCUAAAGAAGAUUAAAGUGGAUCCAGCUAUUGAGGCCAAUAUUAUUGCCCGGGGCACGGUGGGCUUCUCUGGCGCUGACCUGGAAAAUCUGGUCAACCAAGCUGCCCUGAAGGCAGCAGUUGAUGGCAAAGACAUGGUCACUUUGAAGGAGCUGGAGUUCGCUAAAGACAAAAUCCUCAUGGGCCCUGAGAGAAGGAGUGCAGAAAUAGACAAGAGGAACAAGACCAUCACAGCGUACCAUGAAUCAGGACAUGCAAUCGUAGCGUACUACACCAAAGACGCCAUGCCGAUUAACAAGGCCACCAUCAUGCCCCGAGGACCUAGUCUGGGACACGUGUCCAUGCUCCCAGAGAACGAUCGCUGGAGUGAGACUCGCUCUCAGCUGCUGGCCCAGAUGGACGUCAGUAUGGGCGGCCGUGUAGCAGAGGAGCUUAUAUUUGGCAAUGAGCAAAUCACAACCGGUGCAUCAAGUGACUUCGAUGGUGCUACAAAGAUCGCUAAGAUGAUGGUGACCAGAUUUGGAAUGUGUGAAAAGUUGGGUGUGAUGACCUACAGUGACAUGACAGCCCAGAGCCCAGAGACACAAGCAGCUGUGGAGCAUGAAGUCAGGGUCUUAUUGAAGGAUUCUUACGAGCGUGCCAAAGCCCUGCUGAAGUCUCACACCAAAGAGCACAAAAACCUGGCCGAUGCCCUGCUCAUGUAUGAGACGCUGGACGCCAAAGAGAUCCAGCUGGUCCUGGAGGGCAAGGCUCUGGAGGACAGAUGAAACCAGCAAGGGCAGCAACAAUCACGGGGUAACCAUGGGGUCAGGGGUCAGAUUUUAAGAGCUCAGGGGUCGUGGAAGGAGGGAUGGACUCAGCUCAUGAGCAGUGAAUCAAAGGAGUAACAAGUCAUGGCCUGGACUUUGUCAUACACUCACGCUGUCCCCUUUGUGUAAUCUCAUCAGUAUUCCCAGAUAGGUAGUAGUAGUAGACUCUCCUGUGUCCAGAGGUAAGCAGCUGUAUGUUGCACGGGUUUCUGUAUGUGAUGAAGGCUAACAGGUUAAAUGCCUGAUGUAAAGGAUGUUGCUCAGGUCACUUUAUCAGAGGGGCGGAGGAGGAAAUAAUACAUGAAUGUUCCUUUUUUUUAAUGUCAAAUGUGAAAAAGGAGUUGAAAUUUGGUCUAAUUCUGUUCAGCCAGGUCUGUUUGAUUCCUAUUCUGUCUAUAGGAAAUGCUGAGUGGUAUUUAUAUUUUACCCAAAGAGCAACUGUGCAAUCAUUGUAACCAAACUUUAAAGGAAAACUUGGCCCCGUUUCACCAUGGUUUUGUUUCUACAAGUAGGUGCAACGAUUUUUGAAAUUGGUCCAGUAUUAAGCGACAAAUGGUGGCAGUCGUUGACUCUGCGGGGCCACUGAGGACCGUUGUAUGUACAGUCGUAGAAAAAUGUAUUAGACCACACUUUUUCUUCAGUUUCUUGUUCAUUUUAAUGCCUGGUACAACUAAA